CUCUUUAGAAAUCUCUGACUGAAGAAGAAAAAGAAGAAGAGGAGCCUCAUAGUUUUGUACUGUUUCCUCUUCUUCUCUUUGUACAAAAUCUUGCUAUUUGAAGAAUCGAAAUCGUUAAGUUUUUUUCUGGAUUAUAAAGGAAGAAUUGAAACCCUCGAGGAGAAGAAAAGAUGGCCACAGUAAACAAUAGUCACCACCCCAACACCCAUGCCGCCGCGGCAGAUCCGCCGGUGACAGCGGUGAAGCAGUCUGUAUCCGCUGUGAAAACCGCCGAUACCCAGUCUGUUCUGAAAAGAUUGCAGUCAGAGUUAAUGGCCCUAAUGAUGAGUGGCGAUUCAGGAAUAUCCGCAUUCCCGGAGGAAGACAACAUAUUCUGCUGGAAAGGCACGAUAACUGGCAGCAGAGAUACUGUUUUUGAAGGAACAGAGUACAAAUUAUCCCUUUCAUUUCCCUCCGAUUAUCCUUUCAAGGCCCCGAAGGUUAAAUUUGAGACCAGUUGCUUUCACCCCAAUGUCGAUUUAUACGGGAACAUAUGCUUGGACAUAUUACAGGAUAAGUGGUCAUCUGCAUAUGAUGUAAGGACAAUCUUGCUGUCAAUUCAAAGUCUGCUUGGAGAGCCAAAUACGAGCUCGCCAUUAAAUACUCAGGCUGCAGCACUUUGGGGAAAUCAAGAAGAGUACAGGAAGAUGGUCGAGAAACUAUACAAGCCAAGUGCAUAGAUUUCUUGUUGCUAUUCAACCGAGGGAAAGGAACGUCGAAUUAGAUUGAUUUACCCCGUAGUUAGUGUUUUUUUUUUUGGUACAACAAGAAGAAAAUGUUUUACUUCUAGAAAUCUUUAAUGCAGGCCUAAGCUGUCGUCCAUAGGCCAAAGAAAUUAAACAAGAUUUGCUUAAAAUAUCAGAUCAGUUUGUUGCUUACUUUCAUUAUAAUAGGAAAUGAUACACAGAGGAAAUCCACA